AUGGCUACACCUCCUGCCAUUCACCUGCGCGUGCACGAUGUUGGUGGUGUUUUCGUCCGCCUCACGCAGGCACUAGGUCACUCCCCGCAGCACGCAGGUCAAAUCGGAUCACACAACAUCGAGGACGAGUUUGACCGUUUCAAAAUCUGGGCUGGCAAUAUUGCCGCCCACCGCAAAGGACGAAGAUCUCUCGAGUAUCGUUUACGAGAUGCUGCUCAUUUACAAGACGAGAUUAACGCCAUCGCUGUCGUAAAGGGCGAGAAAACACCUUGGGAUGUUCUGGAAGACAGCGACAACGAUUCGGAAUUAAGCAGUAAUGCGUCCAGCGCCGGAGAAGACACCGAACUCAAACAGUUGUGUGGUAGCAUACAGUCUUCGGUCACAUGUCUAUUCAGACUUUCGAUGGCCAUACGAGAUCCUGCGCCGGACGAUCGUCUACAAAAGACCAUCACUGUCGAUAAGUCUUACUUCGAAGAUUACGACAUAUUGCACGCCAAAACCAAGUUCCCUGAUUGCGCCGAAUAUCUGACCGAACGACUUGGACGAGCUAUCUCGGGACGACGGCAAUACUUUAGUUAUCGGGAGCUUCAUCAUCAAAAACUUGCGAAGAAGGCCGAGCUGAUCGGACUAGAGCAGCCUCGCACCGAACAUACAUCCAAUAGCAACAUGUUUACCGAGACCUCCAUCCCUAUUCGUGCACCAUCGAGCAGUGCGCCAUGGCAGAUCAUCUCUACGCGUCGCGUAAUGCUUGGUUUCAACACGAACUUCAGGCUCAUAGAUCUUCGUGGCAAUGCGUAG